AUUCUAUUUAAGAAAAAAAGUACAAAUCGAUCUAACGGCUCAAGUUAAGACAAUGGAUCGUUUUGGAGACCCUAACGUCAUUUGAUUUGUAAAUUAUCUAUUGACGCUAAAUUAAAAAACGAAAUGCUUCACCUGGAAUAUGGUUAAUGUUCUUAUUACCAUGUGCUAUCAUCACUGGCCACUAUAAAUACAGAAUCUAUUCAGAGCCUUAUGUAAUAUCCUACAUAGUGAGCAUUGGCCUUUUAAUCAGCGCCAUUGCCAACGUAUUACAUUGUCAUGGAUUUCCUGCGAAACCAAUAAGUUAUAUUGUCACUGCAGCGGCUGUAGCACAACUUUUGACUCUCCACACUGAACUGGGUGUCGUUUACAAUGUUGGAUGUGCUGCGUUUUGCGCUCUGACCUACCAUCGACUUCUGAAAUGGCUGAUAUCCCGUUGCCCCAUGAGUUUUACCUAUGGCGAAGCUACCAUUGUAACACAGGCAAUAAUACUAUUUGCCAUCACUUCCUUUACGAACAUACUAUCGCCAUUCCAACUCCGCACCUGCUUUGAUGUAUCCACGUUAAUCCUGCAGUUUGGAAUCGUCGGCAUCUCCUUACUGUCUUUGGCUGUGUAUAAUUUCAAAGUGCUACGCUCUCCCGGUCUAUUUUAUGUAGCUCUUGCCUUUACCAUCGUUAUUAUCGCUUUACCUCUCCAUAUCAUUCUGAACGAUAGUCCAGUGAUGAAAAUCUUUCGGUGGAUCGUCAAGGAUCGGCAAACGAUCAUACUUGUGCUAUACUGGAUCGGGUGUUCCGCGUUUGCCGUCACAUUUGUCUACGUGCAGAUCAAGAGAAAUAUCAAAGCGUCCACGUCAAUCAGGAAGAAUUUCCAUCUGCUAGCUUGCCUCGUUUACAUUCCCGGCUUAGUACACAACCCUUGUCUUCUGUUCACUGCCAGUGGUGUAGCAUUAGGUGUCUUCAUACUGUUAGAGACUAUGCGAGUUGGAAAGAUCUCACCUUUAAACAUUGCCCUUCAAGAUGGUUUCCGUGUGUACUCUGAUGAGAAGGAUGAAGGCCCAAUAGCUUUCACUCCCAUCUACUUGUUGGUCGGAUGUUCUUUGCCGCUUUGGAUCCAUCCACAACCUGAUAUCAACAGUCUAUUGCCUCUGUUAUCCGGCAUCCUUUCAAUAGGGAUAGGAGAUACUGCCGCUAGCAUAGUAGGUUCGCGAUACGGUCAACACAAAUGGAAAGGCACUACUAAAAGCAUUGAAGGUUCAGUCGCUUGUUUUUGUUCUCAGUUAAUAUGUGUCAUUGGACUAAAAUACAUAGGUUUGGUGUGUGAUGUUCAUCUCCCAUUGACUGUUUUUGGUAUUGGUAUUGCGACUCUUGUCGAAGCGAAAACUGAACAAGUUGACAACUUAGCACUGCCACUCAUAUUGUACAUAUUAUUAUUGUCUUCAGUUUGAACUUAAAGAUAUUUAAUUUAAUUUAGGAAUAAAUAAACUUAUAAGGUUUUAAACGAAGUGUGCUACUGAAAUCAAUCUUAUAUUUCUCAAUAAUAUUAUCUAAUAUCUUAACUAAUGUUGAUAAAUUAUUUUUCUAAAACAUUAUAGCUACUUCUCUGUUUUUUUUAUGAAUUGGUUACUUUGUUUAUUUGUUAAACUGAGUAUCAUUCAACGUUUAUGUAUAGUUACACAAAUGUAGAGGCCCCUUUAAAACAUUUAAAGAAUGUAAUUUAAUAUAUUUUUGUAACAAUAAAAAAUUAGUUUUACACUGAAAUUGUGCACUGUAAAUUGUUUAAUUUGUUUGUAUAAUAAUUAUUAUUUGCAAGGGCGCACUUUUUAUUAUAGUUAAUUAAUAAAUAAUGUAGUGAUGGCGGCAAAGACUAAUAGAGUUGUAAAUGCUAGUGAAGAAGAAGAAUUAAUAAAUAACUUAAUAUUUAUAUAAUUAAUGAUGUGACAAUAAAGUGAUUACCUACAUCAAA